UAAUCAUUCUGAUUAUUUCCCUUAGGAAAAAAAAAAUAGAAGAAAAAGAAACAGUAGAAAGAAAAAAAGAAAACGAAAACCAUUUUGCAGAGGGGCCUAGCUAUAUUUUGGAACAGCUGAUUAGCAUACAGGAACCAUGAGCAAACAUCAAUGGCGCUCUCUGUUGAAUUUGAGACGGGCUCGAAAAAACAUGAUAAUAUUCAGAUAGGAUUAAUGCCUCCUGCCACUGGGACCAACCAGCUUGGACAACAGACAUUGUCUACAGGAUUUGGUUAUCUCAAUAAUGGGCAAAUGAAUAAUAUUCACCUGGAAGGAAAUAUUAGUCUCAUUGAAAAACUUUUUGAGAGACAAUAUAAUUAUUCUUCAAAUGGCCAGGCAACACCAAAUUUAUCUGAGUCCUUACAGAUGCCAUUUUCUGGUGAUGAAUGGCUGGAAAAUAACAAUUAUCAAAUCAACACAGAUAUAAAUGAGCAAUGGAGUUGUGAUAGAUCAAAUGAUCCUCUUGCUAAUUCCAAUCAGUUUAUGCUGUUCAAUCAAGAUCCAUGGGAGCAAGAAAAAUUUAUUGAUAAAUUUGGCCUUAGUAGUUGCUCAACUGAACGAUGUUCAACUGCCCUUGAUGAUUUAGUUUCCAAGAUAGUGGAUGAUGAUCAUCCUCUGCUUAAUGACAAUGGUGACUGUGAAGAUACUCACUCACAGUCCACAUCAGGGGUGUUUUCUUUUGAUGGCUCUCCUGGUUUGUCACUUGGAAGUGUCUGGUCUUGUAACAACCAAAUAAGGUCCAGUACUGAAUCAGAUUAUGGGAAUGUUGAACAUAAUACGUCACCUCAUUGGGAUGAGAAAUUUAAUUCUUCAUCUCUAUUUCAAGAGUCAAAAUCAUCAGAUGCCUACCUCAGUGCCAAGGAUACUUUUAGCUUUGAAGAUCCUUUAUUCACUGAUACUUCUGUUUCUAUUGCUUCUUCUUUGACUUACCCUUGCUUUUCAACUCCCAGAUCUCUUGGAAACUUCAACAAUCAGAACAACAAUAACUUGGUUCCAGAUUCUGAGAUUGUCCAUAACAUCUCAAAUUCUAAUUUUUCUAAAAACAAGUCUUCACAGUGUGAUAACACACAAAUAGAUAUGCCUCCAAUGAGUCCACUCAUUCAUUUCCAGGGAGAUUUCAGCAACAUUCAAUCACCACAGUCGCCUGGAGUAGAUUCUUCAGUCAACAAAACCUAUCCUAUAUCUAAUGGCCAUGUUUUACCUUUGCAAGAUUCUGCAGUAAAUGUUAAUGAGAAAACUUAUCCGUUCAACAAUAAAAACAAUUUGACAUUCCAUAUGCCUUCUACUCAGAUCAAUUCUGGCCAUGAAAGAGAACCUUUCAAUUGUGAUUCAAAGCCUCAAAAUGUUAGUUUCCACAAAAGAAACAAUUCUGUAUGUCAACCCCCUCCUAUUCCUGUGCAACAGCAAAUUUCUUCCAUCCCCAAUCAGAUCUCUUAUGGUCGAAUUCCGCCUAAAUUUUGUAGUCAUAACAUGUCAAAUUCUUCUCUGCCUAAUGUUAUUGAUGGUGGCUUUAAUAAUGUUGAAAAUUUACAUCAGAUUCCAAGGCGAAACUCAUACCCUCAUAAAAAUAAUAUUGCAAUGAUUGCUGCUACACUCAACAAGCAACAUCUUCUACAAACUAAACUGUUAGAUCACUGUAAUGGAAACGUAACCAACAUUGGGUCAAAUAUUUCUUUCUCCAAAAAUACUGGCGGACAUGAAAAUAUUACACCAUGUGCAGCUGAUUUUGUGCCUAUGGAUCACCAUCAGUUUAAUCAGGAAAGAUUUAAUAGCCCAACAUCUUUAUCAUCUACUGACUUUUAUCGUCAAAGAGGAAUCUCUCCAACUGAAGAAAAUGAUCUUGGGCCAGAUAAUUUACAACAAUACCCUGAUGAUUUUUAUAUGCAUGAUAUGGGUAUUAUCAAUAACCAUAUUGGGCAACCAUCAUUUCUCAAAUACUCCCCUCCACUACCUACAAACCAAAUGGUACCAACACCACGCAACUUUGGCCAUGAGGUUUAUCCACUUGAAAAUUUCAGCUAUUUCCCUCCAUUUUUUGGUCCAAAUGAUCUAAUUUACGACAUGCCUUCUUAUUUAUAUGGAUUUCAUCCUCUUUAUUCAGGCUAUCGACACAACAGAAGAAGUGGUCCUUCUAAUGAGUUACAUUUACGAUUAGAGGAAUGCUAUGACCAGUUCAAGGCAAUAGAAAGAGAGCGCAAAAAGACUGAAGCAGAACUUGCUCGUCAAAAUCCAGGGAAGAAAGUGUCUAGCACUAACAACAUUGCUAUUCCGGCACUGCCAUCUAAUCCAUCACGUGUGGAUAAACUGGUUGUAGAUUCAUUUAAAGAACAGGCACGAGUAAAAACAUUAAUUGAUAAAAUGGAAAAACUAAAAAAUACGUUACUUCACCUUAACAUUCAUUUAACUUUGGAAAAAUGGUAUGAAGGAAUACGUAAAGUACAAGCUUGUCGUAGUGAGGAAAUAAUAAAUGCUGCUAAUAGAUACAAGAGUGGAAUGCCGAGACAUCAAGAUGACAAUGAUAUUCUUGCACUUGCUGCUAGCAUUCGUGAGCUAACUCUACUUACUAGAAAGGCUCGAACAACCUGUUGGUGUGCUCUCCAGAUUGCUGGAAACAACUCAAUAAUUUCUAAAAAUGGAAUAAUUGAGCAACCACAAUACUUCUCCAAUGACUUUAGUUCUGCUGGUGAUAGAAAGAUGAACAAUAUAGUCAAUAAAACAGCUGUAAAUUUACAAAUGCUGCAACUGAAAAAUGCUUUCAGUAACAGUAUUAGAGUUCCAUCCAACUCCAUGUCGGGUCUUCAUAAAUCUGUUUCUCUUACCACAAAUCCAGUACCAAAUGCCUCUUAAAGGGAAUAGCUGCUCACUCAAAGGGCUUAUUUGCUUCAGGUCUUGGGAAUUGACACAUUUCUAAAUAACAACAAUAAAUAAACACAUUUAAAAAAACAUGUUUUUAAAAUUUUGAAUAUUAAUCUUUUUUCAAAAUUUUGGUUUUAAAAUAUCAAUUACAUGAUUUAAACUUAUUUAAAUUUUUCUUUAAUUUUAGAAUCUGCCUAAAAUAUCAAAUAUACAACAAACUUCAAACCUAGAUUUCAGAGUUGAAAUUGAUUCAAAUGAAAAUGUAUUCAGAAUUUUUUUUUUUACUAGUCAUUUAUUUUUACUGUGAUAUUGUUUUGAUAAAUUAUCAAAUCUGUGAACACCAUGACAGUGUUUUAAAUAUUGAUUUUAUAUUGGUUUUAUUUAAUUUGUUUCUGACAACUUAUUCAAUACAUUCUCAUGAAAAUCAACUUUGAAUUUUUCUUUUAAACAUUCUGGAUUAUGCGGGAGUUAAUUAUUAUAAGCUAGCACAAAAAUUCUUUUGAGAAAUAAGGGUCCUAAAACUUACUGAAUGGAAGCCUAUUAUUUCUUCUGUUAAUUUAGGUUUUAAGUAUUUACUGUCUGUAAUAAUCAUAAUAAUAUGAUUAUUAUUAUUGAUAUGAUUAUAAUAGACAUCAAAUUUUUUUCCCUGUCUAAAAAUUCUUAAGGCAUCUAUUUAGAGAUGUGUACUUUCCCUUGAUGGUUUUUUUUCUCUAUUAUUUAUAAAAAUUGUGGCAAUUCCUGAUUCCCCACCCUUGCUCUUUUUUUCAGCACAGCAUAUUUUUCUGAAAACUCUAACAUUCAUAUCCUUUAUAUAUUUUUUUUUUAAUGGAAAGUAAUUGUUUUAAUAUUAAGAGUAUAUUUUGUAAGUGGAAAAGAACAUGAUGAAGCCUGAAAAUCUUAUUCACUAUCAAAGUAUAAUUUACACAUAUUAUUGUGUAUCCUUAUAUGUUUAUUUUUCUUCUAUAACAUGUGUUAGAGAUUGUAUUCAAACAAUUCAAACAGACAUGUGCACUGUUAUAUUUAAAAAAAAAUGCAUCAAAGACACUGAAAUAUCAAAUGCACACUUUUUUUACAUUUAAAUUCAUUCACAAAUGUUCAGUGUUCUCUAUUCUCUACUGGAGUUUAAUUGACAUUCCAAUUUGUAAUAACACUGGCUUAAUGGAUGACAAUUUUUAUCUGACUGAUAUAGAUUUACAGUCUUAAAACAAAACAUUUGAAAUCUAUGGUAGUAUCUAGCUGAGAUAUUUAUCAUAAGGCAACUUUUAAUACUUUCAAAAAUUAUUGAAUACAGAUCUGUUGUUAUUUUAUUAACUCUUGCUUAAAAUUUAAAAAACAUUGUAAAAUAUUUCUUUACAUUUUUUUAAAAUGUAAUUUAAAGUUUUUAUUUAUUGAAUAUGUCAUAUUCUAGUUGCAUUUGCUUUCAAAAUUGUUUGAAAUGUCUUACCGUAUUUAGUGUAUUAUCUAUUUAACAACUCUACCUAGAUAUCAAAUAUUCCAUUUCCUGUUUUACAUUCUUCUUUGGUAUUAUACUUUCACUUCAAUUUUAUUUAAUUUUUUAAUGCUAAUAGAUGUAUUUAAUUGUUUGAAGCUGCCUAACACUUUUAGGAAAUUUCUUUACAUUUAGUUAGGAAAAGCUAUUUAAGAAUCUCUAAAAAUUUGAUUUAUUUGAUUUAAUUUUUAUUACUAUUUCUAUCAUAAUUAUCAUGUCUCUCUCAUUAAAUGUGUUUAUAAUAAAGUUUUACCACUUUAUCAAAAAACAAGUAUUUCUAAGACAUCAUAGCUAUAGAGUUGACAUUUUGAUGAUUUUGUGAGCAUUACAUUUAAAAAAAAAAUACUAUUUACAUUUAAAAUUUCUUUAACUGUCAAAUAUAUCUCUUGUUCUUAUGACAUUGCUUCCUAUUAGAUGGGCUCAUUCUAAAGGUUGUUUUUUUUUCUUUAAAAUUUUACAUUUUGUCAAAAAUUAAAGAAACAGUAAAAGAUUGAAUGGAAUUUUGAUCUGAUACUCAAUGAAACAAUAGGACAAUAGCUGAUUCAAAUGUAAAAAUAUGGCUUGUAAACUAAUGUUCAAGCUUAUAUAUUAAAAAUAUAUGGAAAUGGCUUACCUAUUUGUAAAUUCUUUGAGUUUUGUUUUGUUCUGAUAUUUUCCCUUCUGUAUUGUUAAAUUUUGAAUUACUUAACUGAAAUUAGAUUUCAAACAUUUAAACAUUUUUUUUUUCUUAAAUUUUAUAAGGUUAAGUGUUUCAAGCAAUGUUUUGUAUUAGUUAAUCAUUACAUUUAGUUGUGUAAAAGACAAUUAACACCAAUAUGAUCUAUGCAAGUGGAAACUUUGCUAUAGGAUAACUUAGAAGUCUAUAAUAUCCGUACAACUGGAUUUGUUUAUUUAUUACUCUCUGCAUUAAGCUGAUGUUAGAUAGUGAAGCAGAAAUCUGUCUUUAGUUGCUGUUUGUAUAUAAAGGGAAUAGGGAAUUUUUGGUUGGAUUGUUAAUGUUAUUUCAGUUAUAGUUGGGCUACCAGAAAAUUCUUUAAUGUAGCAGCUUUGUUGCAGAGACAGAUUAAGCUGAGAGAAAAAUAGAUUUCAUUUAGCCUUUUAUUUUUUCUCUCCAUUUCUUUGAAUAUGAUAUGGGUUCUUUUGCAUUUGAAUUGUAUUGUGUUCUGGUAUUUCACUCUUGAAUUUUAGUAAGUCUAUAGCUUAGGAUAACCUCUAGGUGCAAAUGCUUUGAUUAAACCUGUUUUGGGAUUUUUCUUUCUUUCUUUCUUUUUUUUUUGAUUUUUUUUCCAAAAUGAAAUUGUUAAUAUUAUGAGAAGGACCAAAUUUGUGUAUCUGCUAUUUAAAAUGCUUUUUAAAAAAAAUAUUUAUUAGAAACUGAUGUAUUCUAUUGAUAAAUUUUAUUUGAUCAGUUUCUCUUUAUCUAUAUCUCAGAGCUAUUGCUUUGUUUGAUUGUUGUAAUUAAUAGUUUCUGACAUUCAGAUUCACUAAAAUUUGAAACAAUUGUGAUUGUAUCAUGUUAUUUAAACUUAUAUUCUCUACUGACAUUGGGCUGUUUAAAUAUUGAAUAACCUGCAAUUGUAUUAAACUUGAGUUCCAGUUAACCCCACAUUUUGUUAUGAUUUUCUAGUCAUAAUACUGAUAUAUUUUAAUUUGUUCCCUCCCUCACUAACUCUUUUGACCUAUAAGGUAGGCAUGCUGUAAGCAUUUGAAGCAUGUUAUUUAAUGCAUUGUGUUGCUUAUUCAUUGAAGUUGAAUUGGAAAAUAUAUUUAUUUUGAACUUUAAAUAUUAUAAUCAACUAUAUUUGCAUACAGUUAUAUGCAAUUUUUUGCUUAUUUUUGAUAUAACUAGAAAAUCAUAAUUGUAUUUAAAAAUUUGGGGUUUAGGCACUGCACAUCUUAGUGAUGUUUAUUUCAUCUUUUAUUUUCAGUCAUAUUCUAUAGUCAAAUUCAUUAAAAAGACUCCUAUUUUUCUAAGAAAACUACAACUUUCUUCCUGUUUAUCACUCUUAAGAUUUACUCCAGAAAAACAAAGUUGUGGACAAUGCUAAAAUGAAAUCACUCAUUAAAAAUACCUUGUAAUUUAUUCAAAACACUUUCAAAGAAUUAGUUUUCUUUAUAUUUUUCAUGUUACUGCCAAGUUGAGCACAAAGCUUAUUUUAGUAUUUAUCACCUCUAGCUUUCAUUCCCACCAUAGGCCAUAAAGUGGAUAUUUGAAUAUAUUUGUGAUUUGUAUAUUUAAAUGUGAGCAAAAGAAUCUCUAAUGAAGUAAAAUAAGACAAUUUACAAUUUGGCUUCAAAAUUAAAACAAUUGUAAAGCUUGCUAUAAAUGUCACAAUACCACCAACCCGAUGUCAUAGCUCUUUGGAAAUUCAGUCAGGUCUAUGUGAUGAUAGCAAGCUAAUAAAAUAUUAUGUGUGUUUGUUUUUUCGACAUAGUCGAGUCAUCUGUUUGAAAUUGAGAGCUUUUCAACAAUACAUUUUAUAUGCCUUUUCAUACUGUCAUAACCUACUCAGAGGCUUUAGUUGGCUUUUGGUUAUUUUCAGUAUUCUGAUGAAAACUUCCAUAGUUACAAAAAUAUUACAAUUUUUAAAAACAAAUUUGUAUGCAUAAUUUCUUUUUUUCUUUUAAAUUCUAAUUUAUUUUGGUCAUCUAAAAUUUCAGAAAUGUUAUUCAUUAUAUAAUUUGCAUAUUCUAUAGCUUCUCUUGAUUUUUUUUUUCUUCUUCUUGUCUAUUAAAAUUGUAGACUUGAUUCAGGUACCAUGACCAACUUUUUCAGCAUUUUAUGUAUAACUCUAUUACAAUUUAGAAUAUUUGUAAGAGAUUUAAUCACUUUCAAAGAAAACAAAAAUCCAUAUUCAUUUGGCCCGGGUUGGGACCUGGCCAUAAUAAAUCCAUUCAUUAAAAGAAUAAUGUAGAAUGAAAACAUUUUCUAUGGUAAAUACACAUAUAAAUGAACCACAGUUCUACAUUUUUUUUCAUUAAAGUUAAAGCAUUUUAUAAUUCUAGACUCACAAAUUUCAACAUAUACAUUGUGUAUAUAACUCCAUAAGAGAAAGUUCACCUUAUAUCCAUAUUUAUAUCUUCAUCUUAGCUCUUUUUCAUAUAUAUAUAUAUAUAUAUAUAUAUAUAUAUAUAUAUAUAUUAUAUAUAUAUAUAUAUAUAUAUAGUAGAAUGCUGUUUGUCUAUUUGGCUGACUAGAGGAAUUAUAAAAAAUUAAUUUGUUUUCUAAAAUAAAACUACUGGAGCUACGUAAUUAAACACCCACUGUGAAAUAGUGCUUAGUAGUACUAUUUUCAAGCUUAGUAGUAAGUUAUUUUUGAAAUUGUGUAUUAGAGAUUACUAGUUUAAAAUUACUGGUCUUGUUAAAAUUACUAGUUUUCUUUAAAAUAAUUAAUCUGACAAAGUACCUUUUCUCUAAAUUAAAAAUAAUGUUCUCUUUAGAUUUUCUUGAACAGUUUUUCUUUGCAAUAAAAGAAGUAUAAUAUAUUUGAUUAAUAUCUUCUCUUUUUUUAGACAAGGUUUUUAAAUUUAAUUUUUGAUUUAGUUAGUGCAUAAGUAAUUGUCUUAUUUAGAGAGAGAAAAUUCAAUUUCUAAUCUAUUAGUGGGAGAUAAAAUUCCGUAAAAUAAGGCCAAUACAACAUUGUCUAUGUAGAAUUAUUAUAUCUAAAUUUAGUAUUAGAAACUAAUGAGCUGUUUAUUAUAGAAUAAUUUUAAAGAUUUGAUUUUUCUUUCAGAAUUUCAUUUAAUUUUACUAUGAAUUAAUCUCGUUGUGAUAAACUUUCUGGACUUUAAAACUUUUUCUAUAAUAAUGUAGUUAUCAGGAUAUCUUUGCAUUAACAUAUUAUGUAUAUCAAUAUAAUAUGCUAUAAUUUCUUAAAUUAUUUAUUACAGAAAAGAAAAACAAAAACACCAUUUCCUAAUUAUGUAUUUAUUUAAGCCAGAAGAAUGCACUAACAUUGUCUUUUGCUUGUAAAUUUUUCUAUGUAGAAAAUUUUGACUUUUAAAAUAUCUUACGGAUGUAAUAUGAUAGUAUUUCUUAAUAAGAUAUUUUAUCUAUUUCUAUGAAUGCUAGGUUAAUGAUAAAAAUAUCUUACAUAAAUGUGUAGAAAUUCUACUCUAAUCAUUUUAUCCAGCUUUUAGAAAUACCUACAAUUUUUAUUAACAUUUGUUAAGCUUUACCCAAUUUUUGAAUUGGCCCUUUAGUUUUGCUGUUAUCUUUAUUUUUUAGUAUUAUUAUAUUUCAUUAUUUUACGGUAAAUUUUUGUUGCUUAAUUAUUUAUGUUCAUUGAAAGAAAUAUCCUGUAUGUAUGUAGCACUUAUUUUAUCUUGGAAAAUAUUAGAUUAGUUUAAAAUAUUUUGCUUUUGUUAUAAAUCAUUAUUAUUACCAGUUAAUAUUUUUUUAAAUAUUGUAAAACUUAGCACUAUUAAGUAUUCUGCUUUUAUAUUUAUAUCACUCUGUUGCAGAUUAUUUUUUUGUUAAUGCUUGUCGAAUUAUAAAUAUUUAUUGCUUUGUGUUCUUAUAAAAAAGGUAUCCUGACAGCUGGAAUAUCACUCUUAUUACACAUAUAUAAAAAUUGAGCAACUUUUAAAAUUAAUGACAAAUUCUUCCUCUAAUGUUUUGGAGGUCUGUUAAGCUCUAAAUUAUCUAAUAAAUUGUGGUAACUUCAUCUGUAACCACAGAUAUCUUGUCACAAAGGAAAUCUCUAGAAGAUUUCAUCACCAUUUUACAACAUCCUUUUAAAAUAUGAAUUUAACAGCCUUUCUGAAUUCAGUUGGUUGUGAGUCGUACCCUCUUUUAUACAGUUCAUUUUUAUUAAUAGAUAGCUCUCUAAAGAAGAAAAUGAUUUAACUUUUGAAAAUUUAAGUUAUAUGAAAAUCAAAAUUUCAUGAAAAAAAUGCUAUUAGUUUAGCUUUUUUUAUUUCAAGAACAGUUUGCUAUUUUUAUCAUUAUUCUAACUAAAAAAAAAAAAAGGCAAUGAUCAAGUUCAAAUAAUUUUAAAAAGAUAAUUUAAAUUUGUCUCCCUCUGCUACUUUCAUAUUUUAUAACAGGCAGUCUUGUUUAAACUGAACAACAAUUCAUCUCUUUCAUUACACUUUAUAAUAAAGAGCCUUAAAUCAGUCCAUAACAAGCUAUCAAUAAAAUACUGCUAUCAGUAUGUUUCUGAAUAGUGUGUCCUUUCCAAACCAUUUUCAAAUGUUUCUCUCUCUUGCCUUGACUUAUUUAAUCUAUUCAUUGUUUAAAAAGGAAAAUUGCAGCAAACUGGUAAUUACAGUUUAGUCAUUUAGUUUUCAUUUUUAUUAUUUUUUUAGUAAAUUCACAUUUUAACACAAACAUUACAUUGCAUUAAGUUUUUUUUUGCAUAUCUCAUCUUUUACUACUAGCAUGCAACUUAAACAUUUGGUACCCAGUUGAAUGCAUUGUAAAUAAAUCUUCAAUAGUGCAAUUUGGGUAAUUUUAAAAUGUGUUUGUAAGCAAGUUUAUAUUUUUCAUAAAAUGUAUUUUUGUAGCUAUUAGAUUCUUGAUAAUCCAUUUAAUAAUGUUGGAAUAUACCUUGCUAAUUUAUUUUCCAACAUUAUGUGCUGGCUGAACCAAAUAAUGUUUAUAUUUUCUUUCAUUCCAACUAUUAUUCUUUAUCUAUGACCAUCCUUCAGUUUUUUAGUUUUAUGGAUUAUUUAUAUCAAGAUCCACAUGUUAUUUGAAAUAAGUAUUUUUUAAUUUUUUAUUGUUUACUCUCAUUAUUAUUAUUAGCAGCAGCAUAUGGCAAACUUUUCAAAUUUGUAUACUUGGUGUAUUUAUUUUUUUAGUUAUUCUUAAAAUUAUGUAACUACAUUUAAAAAAACUUCUGGAAUAGUAUUAUAGCAUUUUAAAUACUCUGUAUUAGAUGAUAUUACUAUGUACAGCUAACUAAUCUCAGAUUUUGUGUCGAGUUCUGAAUUACCUUUCACAAAACUGGUUUUAAAACUAUUCACUUGAAUAUCUUCAGUUCUGAACACUGCUGUUUUCAUCUCAACCGGGAGAAUGAGAGCAUUAAUAGUCAAUUAGUAGUCCUGUUUCACUUGUUAGAUUCUUUGUUUGAAGGUUUUGCAUUUUUGUUGGAAACAAGUUUUGUUGAUAUAAAUAUCUCCAUAUUUAAUCUUAGAUGAUUUCCUUGUUAAUUGCAUAUCAUAACAUAUCAGUUUCUUGGCAUUGGUGGUAUAUCUAGUUGUAAACAGAAUGAGUUAAUAUUUAAUUUUAAUUUAUUAAGCUUCUUCUACCCAUUGCUAAUUAAGUUUGUGGUUUCUAGUUGAAUUCUCUAUUAUUAUCACGUUUUAGUCACAUAUUUUGUCCAUUCUUUCAGUUCUUGUAGCCUUUCUUUAAUCAAAUUUCUGAUAUUAAAUCUCUGGGUUUUUUUUUAUUUUAAGACAUUUUCAUCAAACUGCUGUUUUUUUUGUUUUUUUAUAUAUACCAACAUAAUACUUAUCAAUUCUUAAAGUGAGACCAAAACAAUUAUAUUUGUAUUUAAACUAAAUAUUGUCAAACUACAUAAUCUUUUACAUUAACUUCAUCAAUUUCUUUAAAGGUUUUAAUAUUUAUUUUUGCAUCUGCUAGGAUAAAUACAUUGUAGCUUUUUGGCCUUCCUUCAAAUGUUUUUACUACUUAUAUCAACAGCUAGUUUGUCUCUGGUCUGAAAAUAAAAUGAUGGGAAAUCUUUAUGAAUUUUGAAUUACAUAAUUAUGUAGAUACCAGUUUGACUUUUUUUUUUUUAAGUUGUGAUAUUUUCAAAAAUAAAUGUUGGAUUACUGUUUUGUAGAUUAGUACUUGGAAUUUUUCUGAUUCCUUUACAGUCAGUUAAACAAAAUAUUUCUUUCUUUAUAUCUAUUUUUGCUAUGAUGCUAUGGUAAUUGCCAGAUUUAAUUGUAGCUUGUGUAAUUUUUUUUUCUCACUUAUCUAUUUUGUUGUUUUAAUAUUUUCUGUGCUUAUUGUUCACGGUAUUUUGAUAUUGCUUAAAAUUUUUCUUAUUCUUCAGAAAAUUUGUUUCUAUACAAAAUUAGAAAUUUUUUAUGUGCAAAGUUAACACAUAAACAGUUAGCUACAAAUUUCUUUGUAUAACCAUUUGGUUCCUGUUUAUCUAGUUGCCUUAAAACAGUGACUCUCUUGAAGGUGCUGUAUGAUAUGUUGGUAUCUACUCUGUUUCAUAAACAAUGGUCAAAUUGUCUUGCAUGUAAUUGAUUGUAGGCAGCAGAAAUUUUAUCUUAGAUCUUUUUAUGCAAAAAGAAAAUAUUAUGUUGCAGCAGUAUUUGCUCUUGUUGGAAUAUAAAUAGUUUAUAGUUGCAUGUGAAUCAAAAGUAUUCAGUACUAUGGUGUGGCUGGAUGUUGAAAAUAGCAUUAUGAUUUAUCUUAACAAGUAUUUGACACUUUUUCUAGAAAUAUAAAAUUAUCACUUUUCCCCCAAAAAAUAUAUGGCAUAUUUUAUUCAUGUUUCUUUACAACUCCACAUUCUGUUCUGUUCCACUCAGUAUACUGUCUAAUAAUCUUUAGUAAAAUAGUCGAUUGUCAUUGUUUUAGCAAAGGAAUUGUAUUGAUUGUUUGUGUUGAAAACAAGUACAACUUUUUAGUCAUUUUUGCAUAUCUCAUUUCUAAGCAGAAAAUGCAAUUUCAUAAAUAUACAUUUAAUGUUAACUAAAAGAAAAAUUAAUUGCAUUUGAAACAAAAGAACUUUAAAAAUCUGAAAUUACAACCUUUUUAAAGACCGGUGACUUUUAUUCAGGACAAUAUCAUCUUGUGCAUUUCACUUUGUGACAAUCAGUUGACAAAGAGCUGUGUUUGUUUGGGAAGUAUAAAUCUGGUUCCAUUCUGUAUUGUAGCUGUUCAGAUGAAUAGCAUGACUAAGUACCAACACCAACAACUCUUACUGAUGACAACAUUCUCUUUGUUUUUUUUAUCAUUUUAGUCAUUUUCUGUAUAAAUGUCAUGCAACUAGUGGAGAUGUGCAAAUUUUUACUCUGUUUAUAUCACCCAUUCUGACAGAAGCAGCUUUUCUAGUCUUCCAUAUUCAUUACCUUAAUUAUUACUAAGCGAAGGCAAACAUUAUUUGCAUAACAAAUGGAGAGUUGCUACAGUUCUUCCUUUAUCUUUCACACAUUUUUUUUUUCAGUAGCAGUAUACUAUUUCUAUAUUUUAUUCCAUGUUUAAAAAUGUGAAUAGGAAAAAAAAAUAGCUCCCUUCCCCAUCUUUAAUCAGUAACCUGAUUAAUAUAGUGAACCCUUUUUUAUGCUUAGAAGUUAGUCUUUAGUAUUUUAAAAAUUAAAAUUGCUACCAUUAAACUAUAGUUUUGUACUUUGGAUAAUGUAGUAGCUGACUUAAUUGAAUCAUUGGCUUAUAUAUAGUUCUAAACUGGUGUGAAAAGACUAACAUAUUUCUAUAUAACUUAUUAAAUUUGUGGAGCCUGGCCCAAAGCUAUUAAAACUUUCAUGGCUCUCUUCAUUUUUUUGCAUUACAUUUCUUUUUGCACUGUUUCACUGAAUUUUUCAUGCUGAAUUGAUGUUGUAAGAUCUUUUAUAUAAUAUGAAAAUCAUUGUUUAUAUUACUUUUGAAAUGUAUGAUUUUAAUGUUAUGGUUGCACAGAAAAAUUAGUUUUCAUGUUUUUCAAGUGUUUAAGAUUACCAAUUAAUAUGUUUUUCCUACUGAUUAUUAUUAACUAUUUGUUUCUUUUUUUUUUCUUUUUUUUAAAGUUUUUUGUAAUAUGAUUGAGAUCUAUCAAGUUAUUACAUUGAAGAAUUGCCUUCAAGUAGUUUGAGUAUUUUCUUAGAUUAACUAACUUGAUAAAAGUCACAGAAACUUUUCAAACUCAUCUGUGACAACAGAUCCUUUUCAGAAUAAUCUCUUAAUAAGAAUUCUCUUACAUAGAGACACAAGUCAUUUUAGUUCAUAAUUGAUUUUGAGUUAACUUUCUUGCUAUUUUAACCUUGAUUUUUGUAAGUAGAAUUUAAGAUUAUAAUAGUAAAGAAAGACUGUUGAGCUUUAAAACACUUGGAAAAUUUAAUACUGAAAUCAACAUGACCAUAAUACUAGCUUAAAUAUCAAAUUGAACAAUAUUAGAUAACUUUUGGCUGUUAAUUGUUUUCUUUUCAAAUUAUAUUUUGUUUUAAACAUAUUUGAGUCUUUUAAUAUUCAUCUGAAGACAAUCAGAACACUAGUUUCUUUUAUAAAGAAACUAUCAGAUGAAAUAUUCUUGUUUAAAAAAAAUCAAUAUAGAUUAAAAUGCCAAUAUUCCUUAUACAAUAAUGUCUCUUCAAUGUAGUUUGUUUAUAUUUUGUAAAGUUGCUUAAAUUUUGGAAGACAUUACUGAAAUUAAACUGUGGAUUUAUAAAACAACUAGCCUACCUCACUCUGUAAUACUAUGUUCAGAGCUUAGAGCCACAGGAAGCAAAGUAUUUCACUGGUUUAUCAUUAUGACUAAUCAUUUUCUUUUCUGAAACAAGUCGUGGAUGCUUUUUAUAUGUCUGUGUUAAGUUAUUAUUAUUUUUUUCUUUAAACUGGGAAGGACUUGUACAAAGCAUGGAAUAUUGAGCUUUUUAUUUAUGUAUUUCACGCUUAUUGUGGCUUUACCCCACCCUAUUAUGGAUACAGGCUUUGACAUUAACUCACUGGCAGGUUUUAAACUUGGUCCUAAAAUACUCCUAAAUAGGAGCUGAUUUUUUUUUAUUCCCUCUCCCCACUCCUUUAACUAGUCCAGCCAUGUCCUUGAACUGGUGCUUUGAAACAAAAAUCCAACAAUUUAGUGCUGCUGCUGUUGUUGGCAUUAUUGCGUGUUAUAACUAAUACCAUUGCAUUCUCUGUGAUAGCUGUCAAGAGUGAUGUAUCAAACUGUUGGUUUACUGCUGCACACAGGUGGAUUUUCAGACUAAUUUAUUUCUCAGCCUUCUCAUUGAAUAAUAAACUGAUACCAACUCAAAA